GCUCGGGACCCGAUCCAAGGCCGAGCGACCGCGCGAUGCACCGCUUGUUCCGGAAGGACAAGACAAGUCCGUCGCGGCAGGAGCCGCCUCCAAGCCGCGCCUCUGAGAGCGCGGUCUCUCCAGCGCGCAGCUCCGCGAGCGAAGCCGACUCCUCCAAGAAGCUUGCGAUCCGCGACUUGGACACCGAGUCGUCGACCGCGGCCGCGGUGACGACCCUCCUCGCACUCGUCGAGUCGCAGGACCACUUUCCUCUCACGCGCAAUGAGGCCGCCGACGUGGUCAAGCGCUGCUCGACCCGCGUGGCCAGCGUGCUUCGCAGUACGAUCGAAUCCGCCGAGAAGCCCAAGGUGAAGCCAUCGAUGUUUACGUCCGCGUCGCCUCCACGCGCCUUGUGGUGUCUGCCUCCCGCAAGCAUCUCCCUGUCGCUCCAAGCCAUGCAGCUGCUCUCCCUCGUGGUCCGCGACGAAGCGACGGCGCUGCUUGUCCUUGAUGAGAAGCUCGGCCGGCGGCUCGUGGCCUCUCUCGACAUUGCGCUGCACGAGUCGAGCCGCACAGACGCAAAGGCACGCGGCCGAGCGAUCGAGAGCAUGGCCCAUCUUCUCCGCGUGCUCGUCACUUACGCGCCGAUCGUCGUCGACCUUAUCGAGAAGGACCAGCUUUUGCCCUUGUACCAGUGGUGUAGCACGACGGUGGAAAUCGCCAACGUGCUGUACACGGUGCUGCUACAGCUACCCAAGGCCAUCGCCGGGCCGCACGCCAAGAGCAUCGUCGCCCACCUUCGCAGCCGCGACGUGCUCCUCAUUCUGCUCGAGCAAAUGGCGGUUCUCGACGCCUGCGAUGCCAGCGGGAUCCUCCACGUGGUCGCCGCGCACCUUCAGUAUGCAGCAAAGCAGAACCUCUCGCUUCUGCACGCGCAACUGCAAAGCCGACGUCGCUACGACGCGCUCUUGACGUUCCUCGUGACGUGGCUGACCGCCGAAGCCAAUGCAGCGUCGAUGGAGCGUACGUUCGACUUGAUCCAAAGUCUCCAAGAGCUUUUGGCAUCGGGGAAUGAGACGCCUGGGUCGCAGUACACGUCCAAAGUCAAGGAGACGCUCACGAUCCUCAAGCCGACGCCCCGCCCUCGCCUCAUGUGCACGUGCAACGCUGCAGUCCUCGACAUGCUCGCCAAGCUCAUCUACCGCCUCCAAGAGCCGCUCGCAGCGUCGAUGUCAACGGCGUCGUACCAAGAACUUGUGCAGUGCCAGCUCGUCCACACCAUCGGGCACGUCCUCUCGCAAGACGCAAGCCACUACAUUGUGGCCUCGGAAGUCGGGCUUCUCGAGAGCUUUUUGCAGCGACUUGAAGAGCUUUCUGACGUCGUCAAGCUCGCAAUCGGGUCGGUGAUCAGCUCGGUGGCCAUCGAGGCCGGUGUCGUUCCGAUGCUCGAGCUGCGGCGCAUGCAGCUCCUCCUCGACAUGCGCACGUUCUCGUAUGCCAGCGUGCACAUGCUGCUCGUGCUGCUCGCCAACCUUGUGCGCUUCCAUGCCGACUACCUCGACGUACUGCGCACACUGCGGCUCACCGAGACGCUGUACCACAUGUUUGUCGAAGAUGCGACGGCAGCGUUCCGGUACGCAUGGCCCACGGGCGAUGGCCUUACGACCGAGUGCACGGCAGCUGCGCUUGAUGGCAUUUUGGUCUCGCAUACCGAGCUCUUGGCGACCGAGGACGACAACGACGUAUUGAGUGACGUCGGCGCGUCGAUCGUUGCCAAUGAUCACAACGUGCCAUUGAUGUUCGAGCUCCUCUCGGCAUCGAUGGCGCAGAACGCGGGCUUCUGGACACGGGACCUCCUCGACGCCAUGUCAACGUGGAUCUUUGUCCCCGCCCAUCGACACCCCUGUGUGUGUUUGUGGGCGACCCUCGUCCGGUCGACCGUGGAGACGCAGCCAACGGCCGUCUUUACCAAUGACGCGAUCAACUGGGGUCUUCAAGCCAUUCGCAAAACGCUGGUGUCAUCGUCACCCGACUGGCACCUCGUCGUGCUGCUGUUGACGUAUUUGGCGACGCUGCAAAGCUCAUCUAGCGCGGGGUUGCGACCGUGGGGCUUUGCGCAUGUGACGGAGCACCUGAUAUCACCACUGCCGACGCCCGAGGCCGUCACGGCACUGGCAGCGAUGCUGCUUGCGUGCGAGGCAGAUGUCGUCUUUGCUGCUGUGCUUUUGGUGCUGAGCCGGUCGCCGCCGACCGAGCCGCCCCUCGCCGUCCACGUUGUCGAUGCGCUGUUUUGCCUCGUGCAAACGUGCAGUCUCCAAAGCGAUGUGUUUCGCGACGGCGUGCACCGACGCAUUCCACUGUCGUUUCACGGACGCCUUCUUGUCGCGAUGGUCGCGUCGACGCCUUUGGUCGACCAAGCGGCUCUGGCCACGCACGUUUGCUGGUACGUGGCGGCGCUCGCUGUCGACGUUGUGCCCGCAACGCUGCAAUCAUCCACGAGCCAUCGCACACUGUGUCUUGUCCACCCAGAAGCCAUUGUCGGACUGCUCCAGCUCCUGCAAGUGUGGUCCUCCCACCUGAAGGACGACGUGAUCGACCAGCUCGUGGGCUAUCUCCACGCCGUGACGGGCUCGUCGGCAAACAUCGCCCGCCUCGUGGACGCCGGAGCGCUGGAGGCGAUGUUGCGCGCGCAUUUUCCAACGACGAGCGAUGCAUUCCGGCCACUGGGCGAGCUGCUGGUGCACAUGGCGCAAGUGCGGCUCGGGCCGCGGGAUCUGCGAACGUGGGUCGAGUGCAUCUUGUCGGAUGCGUGUCCGUCGCUGCUGCCGCGGCUGCUCGCCACGUAUCCGUGCGACGACGACCUACUGAGCACGACCACAAACCUCCCUCGGCUCGAGCUGCACCUCGACCGCGACGGGUAUGCACAGUACACUGUCGAUGUCCCCCCAGGCGUCGUAUGGCCGCCCCAAGAAGGCUACACGCUCUCGAGCUGGGUGUACAUUUCCGAGGCGUGCGAAGCCCACAGCGUCGUGGAAGCGUUGUACCACCAGCUCACACAGCGCGACACGUGCAUCAUGUGUCGGGUCGUGUACACGUCGCCCGUGCCGCUCAAGUGCUCGCACGUCGCGUGUCGCGCCUGUGUCCAGCGCCUCACCGACUUUGGCGGCGCGUGCGUCGUCUGCAACGCGCCGUCGCUGUACCUCUGGAGUCUUCGGUCGGCCGAUGGGCGCUCGGUGGUCGACGUCUUCCUCAAAGGCACCAAGCUCUUUAUGAAGACGCAGGCAAGUAAGCACCCGACGCCGUUCCAGCACCCGCCGCUGCUGGAGAAGCGCUGGUAUCACAUUGCGCUCGUGCACACACACCAGCGAUUCCAGUUCCAGUCGGGCUCGGCCGUCUCGCUCUACGUCCAAGGCAGCGUCCAGGAAACCACAAAGCUCUCGUUUCCGGUCGCGUCGCCGUCGCCAUUUUCUGGUUUCUUUGGCGUCCCAAGCGCGACACGCCGGCCGUCCAAAGGCAAGUGGUGCCUCGGCCCGACGUACGUCAUCGAAGAGCCGCUCUCGCCCGGGACAAUUGCCGCUCUCUACGCCACCGGACCGCAGUACGACCAGCUCUUCUUUGGCGCAGAUGGCAACGGAACGCUGCCUGUGGCGCUCGAUGGGGGUGCUGUCUCGUCCGCCUCCACGUUCCUUGAUGUUGUGGCGUCGACCGUGGGGCAGUCCCUACUACACCGACCAGUUGCACCUGCAGCGCUUCCGACGCACUCGGUUCUCAUCAGCGCCGAUAAGAUCUUGUUUACCUACUCGCCCCGCAAUACAGUGGGCGAAGUGACCCUAUGUAAUACGAGCCGACAAGGUCUGCCGCAGGCACACGGAUCGGGUGGCGCCACAGCAAUAGACCCGACCUUGCUACCGCAGGCCGCCCUUCAGCUCUGUGGCGCCGGUGCCAAGCUCGCGUACGUGCUGCUCGAGCACGCGCGGACGGUCGAAGGCGUCGACACAAGCCUCCAGCUGCUUCUUGCACUCACUCGCGGCCAGCGCGUGCACUUGGCGGGCGUCGAGCGCGAGUCGGGCUACGAGAUUGUGAAUUAUCUCUUGCGCCAGAAAAGCCGCUUGCUCUCAUCGAAAGCGCUCGCGACGCUGUUUUGCAUUGUGCAAGGCGACCUCUUCAACUGCGCGGCGCUGCAGCACUGGAUCCUCGAUUUUUCCAUUUGGCUGCCGACGUCGGCGAAUGUGCAACGCACGCUCUGCGCGACCUUGUACCAGCUGCUCUUGAUCGCGACAAGUGUCGACAAGAAGAAGCUCCAGAGCAUCAACAUCGUACGACAGCUCCUCGACGUCUUCCUCCUCGGGAAUCUCUGUCUCGAGCUCGCCUCGGUCGUGGCCGACCUUGUUCUUGUCUGCCUCGACACGCUCGCGACCGAUGCCAACUACGUCGACGUGUCGCUCUUCCUUGCGUCGCUCAUGUCGUCCAACUUUCGAUUCGUCACACACGACACCGCGGUAGCCUCGGUACCCAAGCAGCUCGCGCAGUGGGGCUUGAGUCCACGGGGGCGGUCGCGCGACGUCAUUGCGACCGUGCCCGACCGUGCGCUGCACCGCCAAGCGCACCUCCGUGAGCUCUUGCUGAAUAUGAUCAUCAAGGCAGUGCAAAAGCAAGACGUGAAACUCGCCAAGCUCCAGGCCGCCGACGCCUCGCCGACGAGCAGUGGGAGCCAAGCGCCGACGAUGCUACCCCGGCCCAAGAUUCAUGGCGCCCGCAAAUGGCUGACGCCGGCGUGGCUCGGUCUCUUCUUGUACCCGUCCCAGCUGCCCCAGCUGCCGCUUGUCGCUGCGAGCCCCAACACGGUGCUUUUGGGCCUGCAGCUCCUCGGCGUGCUCCUCACCCACAAAAGCUACGAAGUGAGCUUCCAGCACAAGGGCUUGUACAAGGUGCUGGCGUCGGCGCUGCCGGCGUCGGACCACGCGGGGUUUCCGUUCGAAGCCAUGUACUUUUCGCUCUUUUGCCUUCUCCUGGGGCCGCCCGUGGACGGCUGGCCGCACAAGGUCGACCGCAUCGUGCUCAAUGUCGCGCACUUGACGCACGAUUUUGCGCCCAACAUUGCGUCCAACGUCGUCAAGAACCACAACAUGGCGGCCGUGCUCCUCGCUGUCGUCCGUCGCGCGUACGGUGGUCUCGCGUUGGAAGGCGCUGAACCCGAUAUUUUGCAUUUGGAAGUGCUCCGGUUCCUCCGGUAUCUCUACGAGACCAUGCCGGCGUUUGCGGACGUCGUUGACACGUCGCUGCACCGCGACUUGACGGCGCUCAUCGCCGCGGUUGUGACGACGCACUCGUCAACGUCGUUUGCGCACCCCGUGGCGGCGGCGGCUUUGGAUCUGCUUGUCGAGUCGCUCACGAUGCUCUGUGUGUCAACGCUCACGGGACUGAACGUGGCGCGCAGUGUGGUCGCGGGUAGCAACCCCGGCAGCCUCUCGGACGCAACAUUUGCCGAGUUGCAAAGCCUUCUCCUUGUCAUGAUGCUCAAGCGCGUCAAGGACAAGCUGUCGACUCAAGAAUUUUGGCUUCCGGGCUCGGUUUGCAUCAUCGACAACAUUGGCGGGCUCUGUCUUCUCGCGCUCUCCCGGGUCCAGUGCUGGCAGACGGCGCAGCCGGGCGUACCAGCCUCGUGCGGUCCGACGUUUUGUACCAAUGGACCGAGUGCGCUCAUGGACUUGGUGCUAUAUCUCAUCUGCGAGACCCCCGUCGGCACGAGCGCGUCCAAGGCGUCGUUCCAGCCGCCGUCGCAGGACAAGAAGAAGCGCCAGCUGCGGCAAUUUCUCGGUACGAUCGGCGUCAACCUCUCGCGCACGGCGUUCGAGACGGACCCGUUCAUGGAAGCCAUGUUUGCGAGUCUCAACGGCAUCAUCCUCCACGUGCUCGCGGUGCAAACUGCAGAGAGUGUCCUUGCGCUCUUGCAGCGACUGCACCGCCAGCGCGAGGUCAUUCUCGGGUCGCGCAACGGCGACAAGGCAUUUUUCCGGUGCCUCUGCCGCCACCUCCUGCAGGGGCUCCUUGUACCAGAACCAAAUAGCACCGAGCUCCGCGACGCGUCGAUCGCGCUCUGGAUCGAUUUGCUCUACUUUCAAAAGAGCCUUCUCUCGGAGAUGCUGACCGUGACGCUCAAAGUGCCCAACAAUGCGGGGUAUGCGGUCAACCUCGUCAAGAACGGGUUUGAUAUGCUGCUGACGUCACCGCAAGACGAGUUUCUCAAGUGGCUGCAGCUUGUGGGACCCCCCAUGAAGCAGCUCGAGGCGAGCUUGGACGCGAGCUAUGUGCUUUGGGUCGAGCGCACGCGCAAGGACGUGAGCAAGGAGUGGACGAACUACUUUGCCGAGAAGCGCAAGCCCGUCGACGACAUGGCCUUCCUUCACAUAAAGUGCAAGGAGCAAGCGCUGGAGCUCCACGAUGCUUGUCGGCGCGAGAUCCAGCGCCAAGCGCGGUCCCAAGCCGACUCGAAGGACCGCGAUCUCUUUCGGAAGCGGCAGUUUGCCAAGGCUGCGACUGUGGUUGCGGGCGGUCACGACGACGCUCAUCAACACACCAACCUCUUUCUGCGCGCAUCGGCUUUGAGGAAAGCGCCGGUACCAACCCAGUGGUACCUCGAUCGCACCGAAGGCACGUACCGCAUGCGGAAGCGCUUGCUUGCGCUGCCACCGCCGCCGCCAAGGCACCGCAUCGUGCGGCACCGACGGGCCUACUCGUGCAGUGAUCUCGGACGUGUUCUCGUUGUGGGGCUCGACGUGCCACGGCGCCCCGUGUCGCCCAAGCAGACCCGCCUUCAGAGCGCAGCGUCGCUUGUGUAUGACGGCGACGACGCCGCAGAUGACAAUGACGACGACGACCUUGGGUGGCACAAGUGGGUUCAGCGCGACGAUUCGGCGCUCGACGCCAAGUUGCGUCCGCUGCUCUUGCCCGGCGACGACGUCAGCGAGGACAUUCAAGACUGCCAGCGCGUGGAUGGUAUGGACAAGUGUCCGAGCGUGCUCCUCCUCGGGACGCAGCACGUGUACCUCGUGGAUCACUUGCGCACGGACGACCACUCGAAGCGCAAGGUUGUCGCGACCGGAGGCAGCCACGAGUGCCGUUUCUGGUCGUACGACGACAUUCUCGAGCUGCACAAGCGCCGGUACCUGUUGCAGCACGUGGCCAUCGAGCUCUUCGCCAACGACGGUCGCAACUACCUCAUUGCUUUUGGGUCGGGCCACCAGCGGGAGCGAGUCUUUGCGCUCAUUUGUGCCAAGUGCCCGAACGUCAAAGGCGCUGCAAGCGGCCUCGACCGCAACGCGACGAGCAGCGAGCUCUUGACCAAACUCCUCGGCAACUCGCUCCUCGAGCGCUGGGUGCAUGGCGACGUGACGAACUUCGAGUACCUCAUGCACCUCAACACACUGGCGGGGCGGUCGUACAACGACUUGACACAGUACCCGGUGUUUCCGUGGAUUCUCAGCGACUAUACCUCGGCCACAAUCGACCUCUCGGACCCCAGCGUGUACCGUGACUUGACCAAGCCCAUGGGCGCUCUGUACCGAGAGGACGAGUUUCGAACGCGGUACGAGUCGCUUGAAGACGGCGACGUGCCGGCGUUCCACUAUGGCACUCACUACUCGUCGUCGGGCAUCGUGCUGCACUACCUCAUGCGACUCGAGCCGUUUACGCGCGGCAUCCAGCAGCUCCAAGGCGGGCGCUUUGACCACGCGGACCGACUCUUUGCCAGCAUCCCGAGCGCGUAUGCGUCCGCGUCGGGGUGUUCGCCGAGCAAGCACCAGAGCAGCAACACGCAGGACGUCAAGGAGCUCAUCCCCGAGUUCUUUUACCUGCCGUCGUUUCUCGAGAACCGCAACAAGAUUGACUUUGGCCGCGACCAGAGCGGCGUGCAGCUGAGCGCGGUGACACUGCCGCCGUGGGCGCACGGGUCGGCCGCCGAGUUUGUGCGCGUGAACCGCGCGGCGCUCGAGAGUCCGUACGUCUCGUCGAUGCUGCACCACUGGAUCGACUUGAUCUUUGGCUACAAGCAGCAAGGCCCGCCAGCCGUCGAGGCCUGCAAUGUGUUUUACCACUUGACGUACGAAGGCGCGCUGGACCUUGAGACGAUCGGGGACCCGGCGCUUCGGGCCGCGUACCUCGACCAAAUCAACGAGUUUGGACAAACGCCGUCGCAACUCUUCAAGCUGCCGCACCCGCCGCGUGAGAAGGACAAGUCUAUCUUCCGCACGCGCAUGCAGCGCACGUUUUUGAACCGAAGCGUGCUGGGCAACACGACGCCCGAGCAGUCGCCGUCGCCGUCGGACGCACCGACGCUACCCACGUCAUUGUCAUGGCCCAACCUCACGGACGUCAAGCCGAGCUUGCAGCCCGAGCUCAAGCGCGAAUCGAGCUACAACGCGCUUGUCGAGUCGUUUCGCGACAACAACGACGCCACCAGCGAGAGCUCGUACAGCGUCGGACUCCGGGGCGCCCGCGUUGUGGUCGUGCCAAGCGACUGCCUGUUGCUGCCGCCGCCCGCCGACGCUCUCCUCUCGUCCGACGUCAAGUUUCUCGCGUGGCGCUGCCGUGACCGCGCGCUGCGCUUCUUUUCGAUGGGUGACAACGGCGACACGCGACUGUUGACGACGCUCGAGCUGCCCGACUUGAGCGCGUCCGGCGCUGUCGCCACGGCCGACGGCCGCACGAUCGUCACGAUCGACGCGCGCGCACCGAUUUUGCAUGUGUGGUUCUUCAAGGCCAAAGUGCAUUUGACUCGGACGGGCGCGGCAAUGUCUCUCCACUCGACGCUCGCCGCGCCGCAGCAUGGGAGCCGCAUCACGGCCGCCGCCGUCUCUCGCGCCUACUCGAUCCUGCUCUCGGGCUGCUCGUCCGGCCACGUGCUUGUGUGGGACCUCAACCGCCUUGUCGUCGUCCGCAAAGUACUGUCGGCGCCAACACCGAUCGUGGCCGUUGCGAUCCACGACAUUGUCGGCGACGUGGUCGUGGCAACCGCUCAUACGUGGUACGUCGGUGACGUCAACGGCGACGUCUACGCGUCGGGAGAGACGUCGGUGGCCAUUUCGGCGCUCUGCGUAAGCAGCCAUGACGCAGCUGCGUGGUCGGUCGAGACACUGCUCGUCACGGGGCACGUCGAUGGCACCGUGCGCCUCUGGUCCUACGGGCUCGGCCCAAGCAUGCUGAAGUGCAUUUGUGGCGCCACCGGGCCUCGCGUGACCAGCGUCGUGCUCUCCAAGGACGCCAAGCGCGUCUACGCAGGCCACGCCGACGGUCGCGUCUACCUCUGGCGCCUCGAGCCCGAUAUCCAAGGCUAGACGUAAUAGCUACAAAAUAUGACACGUUCUAUUACCA